AUGAGUCGAUACCCCUAUGCCUCACGACCGCUUAGCGAUAAUCUCGUCAGUCUUGUGUGUCCACGAGCAAUUGGUAGUCGCUAUCAUCCUCACAAGAUGGUUUCACCUUACCAAGUCGAAUCAAGUCUUUACAAGGCACCACAAACGCAUGAUAUACGCGAUCUGUUGAAUCAAGACUUUCUAAUCAAUGCUAAAGGUCCAGGCACAUUUCUGAGUUUGAAUAACGCGGCUCGCGUUUACCCUAGCCAAUUUCGUCCCGAAUUAAAGGCUUUCCCAGCGUCAGAAGUGUCAGCUUUAAACUCAAGUCCAAGCAAGUUGACAGAGACCGACAAACGCAAACGAGAGGACGCCCACAAGUUUCGACGCCGAGAACAAUGUCGAGCUAACCAGGCGCGAUAUCGUCACAAGCAAAAAAACGCGCAGUUGCAACUAGAAAAGAGCACCGAAGAAUUACACAAGGAUCUGGAAACUCUCAAACGUCGGUACCGAGAUUUGUCCUCUCGUGAGAGGAUUAUUCAGAGCCCAUGGAGUAUCGUAGCUGAUGUCUUUAGACUGCUCGAUAUCUGUUUUCGCUCUUCAUGGCGCAUGACCAGUACAAAGGAGAUGAAAUUUCACACAGAGACGCGAGAGCUUUUGACCAUUUUAGAACGAUCAUUUGCAAGUAAUGUGGCAAUGGGAGAGCUACAAGGCGUCGACGCCAUGAUGGAGCAGCUACUUUUAUAUUCGCAGAUAUUUCAAACCUCUUGCUUACAAUUACAAAGGAUCGAACGCGUGGCCCCUGGUGUAAUGGCUGCUCGAGCAACUAUCAACUUGACAUUGACUGAGUUUACACUACGUCAUGCUUUCCCUCACCUGGAAGAGUCGACUAGCCAAGAAACUGAUGGUUCCUCGCUGUUUUUGCGACUUUUGGAUCAGCAACUGGAGUGUCGAUGCUCAUUGACCUUCUUCUUUGACGAAGAGAGCGAUCGUGUGGUUCGUCUGGCUGCUAGCGUUGAUUUGAUGACGCCGUUGCUUCAGGUACUGGGCACUCUCGAGGACGUAAAAACGGUACUCGAACAUGCACGUAUUUCAGAAGAGUGUGUUAUUAGGAAAGCUCGAGAAAAAGAGGAGAUUCCGGAUAGCCUAGUUUGA